AUGACUGAAACACCACUAGACAAUAUACCAAACAUAUUCCAAGAGCUUCGUGCAUCUUUUAAUUCUGGUAAAACAAAAUCGAUUGCAUGGCGUAAAAGACAAAUUGAACAAUUAUAUAAAAUGUGUGAUGAACAAAAAGAAGUUUUUGCUUCAGCAGCACAUGCUGAUUUUCAUCGACCAAGUGCAGAAACACUUUUAUACGAUUGUGGUGUUAUUCGUAAUGAAUGUAUUCAUACACUUAAUCAUAUCGAUGAAUGGGCACGUGAUGAAUAUCGUUCAGAUUCAUUAGCAUAUGCUACAAUGGAUAAAUGUGUUCAUCCUGAACCAUUUGGUAUUUGUUUAAUUAUAGGUGCAUGGAAUUAUCCAUUUUUAUUAACAUUAUCACCAUUAAUUGGUGCAUUAGCUGCUGGUAAUUGUGCUAUUAUAAAACCAUCUGAAUUAGCAUCAAAUUCAGCUGUUAUUGUUGCAAAAAUGGUUGAACGUUAUCUUGAUCCAUCUUGUAUUCGUGUUGUACUUGGUGCUGUUGAUCAAACUCAAGCAUUACUUAAAGGUGAUGUUGAUCAUGUAUUUUAUACGGGUUCAACAAUGGUUGGUAAAAUUGUAAUGAGAGCAGCUGCAGAAAAAAUGAUACCAGUUGUACUUGAAUGUGGUGGUAAAUGUCCAGUUUAUAUUGCUGAUGAUGCUAAUAUAGAAGUUACUGGUAAACGUAUUGCAUGGGGCAAAACUAUUAAUUGUGGACAAACAUGUUUAGCACCUGAUUAUCUUUUAUGUUCAAAAAAAACAGAAAGUCGUCUUAUACCAGAAAUAGCUAAAGCUUGGCAAUCAUUUUAUACAGAUGAUCCAAUUAAUUCGGAUUCAUAUUGUCAUAUGGUUAAUGAACGACAUUUUGAACGUGUAAAAAAAUUAAUUGAUACAACAAAAGUUGUUUAUGGUGGACAAACAGAUGCUAAACAAAAUUAUAUUGCACCAACAAUUAUGACAAAUGUCAAUACAGCUGAUAAAGUAAUGCAAGAAGAAAUUUUUGGACCACUUCUUCCAAUAAUAACAGUUAAUAAUGAACGUGAAGCUAUUGAAUUUAUAAAUACUCGACCAAAACCAUUAGCUCUUUAUGUAUUUACAUCAAAUAAAAAUUUAGCUAAUACAAUUAUUAAUUCAACAAGUUCAGGUUCAACUUGUGUUAAUGAUGUUAUCUUUCAAAUAGCUCCACCAUGUUUACCAUUUGGUGGUGUUGGUGAAAGUGGUCUUGGAAAUUAUCAUGGGAAAUAUUCAUUUGAUACAUUUAGUCAUAUGCGUUCAGUUGCUUAUUCACCUAUGUGGUCGGAAUUUCUUCUUGCUAAACGUAAUCCACCUUAUAAUCAGAAAAAAACUGCUACCUUAGAAUCACUUGCAAAACUUCGUCGAAAUUGGCUUCGAUUACCUCGACUUGGUUUCUGGUUUUGGGCAUUUGCUGCUUUGGCUACAGCAAUAACAACUCGUGUUGUUGUCCGUGGUAUUAAGGACGAUAAAUGGGACAUUUAA